CAGCAAGUGAUGUCGCCGGCUAUUGACGUCACGUGUGCGAGCUUUGAAAAGAGGCGCGAGGAAGAAGCCGCUCGUGAAACAGGAAGUUCGGGAAUAAAUGAGAAAUGUAUAAAAAACAGUGAAUGAAUUAAAUGAAUAAUAAUUUAAACUGAAGCAGUAUGGCGCUCCUGACACCAUACAGUAAAGUCCCUGAGCUAAACACUGCUACUAUUCUCCUAGUUGAAAAUGAAGAACAGCUGCAGUCCAAACUCGCUAAUGUCAUAGUGCAGUAUGAGAAAGAGUUCAACGUUAAUGUACGGUUGGCCAGGAAACUUCCUCUGCCCGUUGAGAACAAGGAGUCUCGGCCACGUAUUGAUUUAAUAGUCUUUAUAGUGAAUCUGCUGUCAGAGCGCAGUCUUCAGUCUGUGGAGAGCUCCCUCAGUCAUCUCCAUUCUGACUGUUUCCUGGGCAAGUUGUGUUUCCUGGUAACUGACGCUCGCUGUGGCUCUCACACGCAGGAGCGGCUGGUCAGUGUCAGAAAACUGGCUGCGUCACAUCACUGUCCUGUUCUCUUUGCUGAACACAAGACAGCAGAUGGCGUCCACGCAGCGUCCAUGCGGCUUCUCAGCAUUUUAAAAGUGUCUGCGGGAAUGUCACCCAUCCCAACUACAGCCCUCUAUCUCUCAACACUGACCCGCUGCUCUGCCACAUCUGAGCUGGAAGAGGACUGAUACCAGAUCAGUUUAUUAUAGAAACUCUGUUACGGCUGUUCAUGUCAUUUCUUACAGAUAUCCUCAUGACUUUGCAGAUAUGGACAGUGUUUGUGUCUGCGCUUUAUAAUGGCUAGGUUAUUUUUAGGCAAUGUUGGGUAAAUAUUGGACACGACACCCCGCUGGGUCAAAAUUUACCCAAUGCUGGGAUGUUUUAACACAAAUCCUGAGUUAUUAUAACCCAUGGGUGCAUAACAACAACCCGAGAUUGAGGCAUUUUUUAACCCAGCGGUGUGUCCUGUCCAAUAUUUAUCCAUUAUGGGUUAAAAAUAACCCAGAUAUUUUUAGAAUGUGUGAUUUGUCAAUGUGUGUUUAUAUUCACAUCACUUGAGUCCUCCAGGGGGAGCCAUUGGAGAACUAAUGUAAAGCUUUUGACAUACUUGAUUUCUAUAAAUGUUUUUGUAAAUAAAAUGGUGUUUUUCUGUUA